AUGGCUGAGCAGCUCGUCAACAUCCUCAUGGCAACGCUGGAGAGCGACGCAGCCCAGCGCCACUCCGCGGAGGAGGCCCUCGCGGGCGUCUCCAAGCAGGAGGGGUUCGGGCUGGCCCUCAUCCAGGUCCUGCAGGCCCAGAGCCUCCCGUACGGCGUCAGGCAGAUGGCCGGCGUGAUGCUGAAGAAGUAUGUCAAGGAGCACUGGAGUCGGGACCACAAGCGUUUCACACCCCCGGAGGUGUCUCCCGACGAGAAGGCCGCGAUCAAGCAGGCCAUCCUCGGGUGCCUCGGCGACCCCGUGCACCGCCUGCGCACCGCAGCGAGCAUGGUCGUGUGCACGGUCGCGUUCUGGGACUGGCCCGACCAGUGGCCCGAGCUCAUGCCGACGCUGGUGCGGGCGGUCCAGGAGGGCCGCGCGAGCGCCGGCGCCGCGUCCCCGGCCGUCGACGGCGGCAUCACGUGCAUCGCGAUGGUCGUGGAGGACAUCGACGACGAGCAGCUGGGCCACGUGUGCCAACAUGUGCUGCCGGAGAUGCUGGCGGUCGCGCAGGCCCCGGAGUUCGGCGAGGUCGCUCGGCGAAAGGCCUUCAGCGUGUACCGGCACUGCCUGGCCGCGUACGUCAACUUCGAGAAGCACAUCCAGAAGCCCCUGAGGGAUGUUUUGAUGGAGUCCCUCCCCAGCUGGAUCUCUGCCCUAACCGCCGCGCUGUCCACGCAGCUCAGCCUGCACAACAGCGCGCACUGGACGCUCGUCCUCGAGGCGCUGCGAUGCACCAUCCAGGUCGUGUCCUCGCUCAGCAAGGCCGCAGCCCCGCACAUGGCCCCGCUUCUGGCGGCGGUCUGGGGCUGCCUCUCCGCCAGCGCGCCGCUGUACGAGGAGGCCGUCGUGCGCGGCGCCGCGGAGCUGUCGGACUCCGAGGCGCAGUCGGACGGGGAGGAGUCGUCCUUCGAGGCGGUCGUGGCGCAGGUGCUGGACGUCAUUCUUGCAGUCGCCACCAACAAACGCUACAAGGCAGUGGUGGCCGGGCGGCUCCGGGAGCUGUGCUACGUGACGAUCCGGAUCAUGGGCAUGACUGUGCGACAGGAGGAGACGUGGCGGGACGACAUCGGGCAGUAUGUUGCGGACGAGGCGGACUGCGGGGCGCUGUCGGUGCGCUUCGUGGGGGACCAGCUGCUGGACGAACUGACCGCGAUGUACGGCGGGAACAUGAUCGAGGCGCUCGUGGCCGCUGUGCACGACCGCAUGCGCGAGGGCGAGGAGGCGUUUGCGCGCGGCGACGGAGCGUGGUGGAAGGCGCGGGAGGCGGCUCUGUUUGCGGUCGGCAGCGUCGCGGACCAGCUCGUCGACAGACACUCGAACAAGGAGCCGCUCAUCCUCGACGUCCCGGGCCUCAUGCGGAACCUCCUCGAGGUAGACCUGACGUCAAGCCGCAAGACGCCCUUCCUGCAAGGCCGCGCCCUGUGGACCGCCGCGCGUCUCGCCAGCCUGGUCCCACCGGAACUGAACCGCAUGGUCCUCGGCGCCGCCUGCGAGAGCCUCGCCGAGACUGACGUCCCGCCGGUGCAAGUCGGCGCAUGUCGCGCGCUCGCCGCGAUGUGCAAGCACGCGUCGAAGGAAGACAUCAUCGCUGCGCUGCCUGCCCUGUACCCUCGCGUUGCGGCGCUGGUGGCGGCGUCGCGCACGCAGGGCGAAGACAUGAUGGACCUGGCGCUGCAGACGCUCCGCGAGGUCGUGCGGGCGGAUCCGGGCGCGGCGGGCCGUAUGGAGGAGCAUGUCGGGCCUGCAGUGCUUGAUCUAUUUUUGGAGUUCGCGAACGACCCCGUGCUGGGCGGGGACGCGCAGGACAUCAUCGAGAGCCUCGCGGGCGUGCCGGAGUGCCGCGUCGCGCUCACCUCGCGCGUCGUCGCCGCCGCCCGCGCCGUCCUCGAGGGGCGAGAGCUGCCACGUGGGACGGACCCUGAGGUCGUCGUUGGCGCCAUGAUCGACCUCCUAGCGACCGUGGUGAGCAAGCUGGGGCCCGCGGAGGCGUCGCUGGUGCACGGGCCGCUCUUCGCGCCGCUCGUGCACCUCGCGCUCUCGCAGGACGACGCAGCCAUCAUCCAGAACGUCUGCGAGGUCCUGCGCGGCAUCAUUCGCGCGGCGGGAGACGACAUCUCCAACUGGCCUGGGCUCCCCGACGGGCGCUCAGCGGUGCACGCGGUGCUCUCCGUGGUCGCGCACGCGCUGCAGCACCCGGAGGUGGACGAGCGGGCCGCGAUGUACGUCGCGCAGCUGCUGGCGCAGAUGCUCUCAUCGAUCCACGGACACGUCGCGCCGGUGCUGGCAGAGGUCGUGCACCUCGUGGUCUCGAAGCUCGAGACCGUCAGCAUCCCCUUCGUCGUCUGCUCGCUCGUCCUGGUCAUCUGCCGCCUCAUUCACCUGCACCGCGACGACCUCGUGUCGUGCCUGGACGGCAUCCGCCUGUCCGACGCGUACGCCAACAAGCACAACUGCGCGACCGGCCUCCAGCUCGCCAUGCGCAAGUGGGUCGACCACCAGGGCGAGAUCCAGGGCUCCUACAACAUCAAGCUCUCGGUGUCUGCCAUGGCGCAAGUCAUCCAGUGCCAGCACCCCGCGCUCGACGGCGUCACGGUGCGCGGGAAGCCGAUCGAGACGGACUCGGGGCGCAUCAUGACGCGGUCGCGCGCCAAGGCCGCGCCGGAGCGGUGGACGGAGGUGCCCCUGAAGGUCAAGCUGACCAUGUUGCUGGCCGACACGCUCGCGGAGCAGCACGAGGCCAUGGCGCAGGCGCCUGGGCGCGUCACGGAGGGGCCGGACGACGACGACGACGACGAUGACGACGACGACGACGACGAGGGGGGGGAGUUUGAGGACCUGGGGGAUGUGCUGGGGGUGCAGGGGCGGCCGUACGAGCCGUCGCGGACAGUGUCGGGCCUGUUCGGCCUGGGCGGGCCUGGCGUGGACUUGUCGGGGCUGAUGGACGGGGACGGGGACGACGACGACGAGUUGCUCAAGCCUAUUUAUCUGUCGGGGCGGCAAGAAGGGGACCCUGUGGAGGCGGUGGACCUGCUCGGGACGACCACGGCGUUCUUCCGGGACUUCCUGCAGCACAGCGCGGGGCUCUUGCACGAGAUCGGCGCGCAAAUGACGCCGCUGCAGCAGCAGGCGGUCCAGCGGGCUGUGCAACAGUGA